GAAAGGUAUGAAAAACUCUGCGCUGCAAAUUUAGGAAUUGUUUGGAAGUUUUGUACUCCAGUGACAGUUCAUUCAUUCCUCCCCACCUGCCUCUGUUUAUCUCCUUUUAACUACUUUACAAGAAAUAAUGGCUUUUUCUCCAUCUAAAUACUCUGAGGAUCAUUGUAAAGAAUUAAAAAAGUUGAUUGCAACACUUACCUCUACAGGUGAGAAAGUCUUAGAUCCACCAGUGUUAAAAGGUGUCACCAAGAUUUGCAAACUGUCUAAUGAUUAUGUUAUACUUGCGUAUAACUUGCUCAUGAAACACCUUGAAGCUAACCAUUCCGAAGUACGCUACAGUUCUUUUCAAAUUUGCAUUGAACUUUUCAAGCGUUCUCAUUGCUUUCGUGAAUUGUUAGUUUCAAAUUUAGAAAAAGUUAUGGUCCUAACUGCUGAAACAGAUGCUGCUAAACCUAUGCCUCGUCCUCGUUCAACUGCUCUAUCACUUAAGAAAUUAGCUCUUACUACCAUCCGUGAUUGGGCCAAGAACUAUGGCAGUGGAUACAAGAAACUGAACUUAGGCAUUUCUUUUCUGAAAAACUGCAAGAAAGUUGACCUUAAUGCAAUGGCUUUGGAAGAGGCUGCUGAACUUGGCCGGCAGAAUGAACUGAAACGGAGGAAACAACGUUUGCAAAAUGAGCGUUUCAAGAAAGUUGUGGAUGAAUUAAAUGACAAACAACCUGAUAUUAUCAAUGCGUUAACAGAGAUGGAAAAUUGUAUAGGCUUAUUGCUACCACGACCAGAAGAUUUUUUCAUUGAAAAUGAUACAGAUAGUGCUAAUGUUGAGAGUGGUAAAGAAAAAGUAUGUGGAUCAUCAGCAAACCAAAGUAGCCUGGAUAAAACUGCUGAUGAGAUUCACAGUCCCAAAGAUGAACAAAGUUCUUCCUCCGACAGUGAAGAAGAAGAAGAAAAUUGCUCUACCAAACAUCCAAUCUUUGAUUUUCGAAAGUACGGAAUAAUAAAUCCCCAUUUCAGCAUAACACUGAAAGUUGACCCCGGAAGUGAUCCUUUGGUGAAGAAAACUGAAGAAAAUGCUCCAAUUAUUGAUAGUGCUCAAGAUUUAUUUAGAGUUGUUUCAAAUCGCUACCAUCCAUGUAUAGAGAAAUGGGAAACUAUUCUAGAAAAAUGUUCAGACUUAGAAGUGUCCACAGUAAAUGAGAUUGUCAAGAAAGUCAGUGACCUGAAGCUUCGUGUAGAGAUGAUCCUUGAUAAAUACAAGAGACUCAAUUUGGAUGUUAUUACCACGAAGCGUGAUAGAAAAACAAGUGAUGAUAGUGAAACAUCAGAUUCUGACUUUGAAGAAGUGGAAAACAAGGAAGGAUUUGAAGCCUUCUGUAAGUCUUCUGCUAUAAAACCAACCAGUCUUGAGGGCAAAGAUAAGGCUGGUCCAUCACACAAAAAUCAGCAUCGUCAGCAUGGCCCUAAAAAGGAUUGGAGCCUUGUGUCAGAAGAAAAUAAUGAAAAGGAUCCCACUUCCAUUUUUUCAACUUUAUCAUCAAUAUCAAACAAAACUUCAGCUACUGCUGUGGAGCUACCAAUGGACAGUACUGAAUCCACAUCACCUAAAAAAUCAAAUAGUGGUGAUAAAGUAUCCUCUUGCUCUAUGGACUCUGAACCAUCCUGUAGCAAACACACUUCUAGUGAGGAUAUAAGGAAAGCCAAAUUACUGUCUAUUGCUCCAAAGUUACCAUUUGACAUUGAUCUUUACCACUGGGAAGAUGAGAAAGUAGAAGCUCCCACUUUGUUGACAGUUAAACCAGACGGCCAUCGAUUCUGGGUGUCAACUGCUGAGGAAAGAGACGAAAUUCGUGAUCCAGAUGGUGAGGCAAGCAUUCGGACCCGAGUUAUUGAGUUUUCAGGUAACUUUGAAAGAGUGGAGUGGACUUGCCGAGCCCCUUUACCAAGUGGAAAGUUGUGCCCUAGACAGGAUAGAGUAAAGUGCCCCUUUCAUGGCAAAGUUAUUGGAAGAGAUAAAAAUGGAAAGCCAAGUAGCAAAGAAGAUCUGCAGGCUGAGGAAGAGCGCUUACAACUAGAAAAAGCAAAUCAAGUGCCUGAUUGGCAGGACCCAAAACUUCUUGCAGAACUAAAAGAGUCGACGGGAGUUGAUUUGCAAAUGCCAGAUAAAAGCAAAAGAGGGUGGCGGAAACAUCCUCCAGGAGAGCAGAAAAAAUAUGUCGGCCUCACUGAUGUCAAAGCAAUUCAUAACACUACAUACAGUAGGCUCUCCAAGAAAGUUUUUGAAAAGUCUUCUAUGAGGAGAGUUGCUUCUGAUUUAGACAAGCUUGAUAGAAAACGGUUCAGGGAUAAGUAUGGAGAUCAAUUUAACUACCAUUUCAACUAAGUAUUUUUUGUUUUACGGUAUAAUUUAUUUUUUUAGAUCUAUCUAUGUUGUACUAUUUUGUUUUGCAGCUGCAUCAGCUGUAAAACAGAUGCACUUUGUACCAAAAAUAAGACUGUUCAAUUUAGUUUGUAUAGAUAUUUACCAGUUCCUAAGACGUUGUAUUUUUUGAAAGUUUCUUUCUGUGUUGUUAUUCUAUUUUUCUUGUGUUUUAAUUAAAGAGUAUUUUUUUGAAGCGAAA